GUUUUAGAAAGUCUGUAUCUAAUUCUCUGCUCUGAUAUACCACAGUGAGGGAUGGUUUUCACAUUUUCACACUAUGAAGGCAUGCGCUACAGCUCUGCUUUUGAUCCUCUCGAUCACGCUGCAGUAUUCCUGCGCUUUGAGUCCCACAGAUUGCAAUGCUACUGGGCCCCUGGCUGGGAAAGCUCUAGAUCUGAUCAAUAAAGGACGGCAGAAUGGCUUCCUCUUCCAGUUGCUGCGGGUCACUGCUGCCCACUUGGACGAAGUGGAAUCUGCAACUGUCUAUUAUUUAGCCUUAGAUGUGAAAGAAUCUGACUGUCCGGUCCAAUCCAGGAAAUACUGGGAUGACUGUGAGCCAGUGCUUUCUAGACGUCCAUCUGAAAUAGUGAUUGGACAAUGUAAGGUAAUAGCUACCACACAUUUGAAUGAAUCUCAGGAUCUUAGAGUGAAUGACUUCAACUGCACCACAAGUUCUGUCUCUUCUGCACUGGCCAAUCCUAAAGACAGCCCCGUACUCUUCGAUUACUUUGAGGACACUGAGCUCUACAGAAAACAGGCAGACAAGGCCCUUGAGAAGUACAAAAGGAAGAAUGAUGACUUUGCCUUUUUCAGAGUGGACCGAGUGGAAAGAGUUGUAAGAGUGAGAGGAGAGGAAAGAACCAAUUACUACAUGGACUUCUCUGUGAGGAACUGCUCCAGCCACCAUUUUCCUCGGCACGCUAAUGUCUUUGGGUUCUGCAGAGCAGAUUUGUCCUAUGAUGUAGGAACCUCUGACAUAGAAAGUCCAAAAGAUAUUGUCAUAAACUGUGAAGUCUUCAACCUUAUGGAACAUAGAAACAUCAGUGAUGUACAAGCCCAUCUGGACCAUCUACCCCACUCUGGUGGGCAUGAGCAUUCUCCUGCUGGCAAGCCUUCAUUUAAGCCCAAGAGAUCCAGAGAUUCCCACCAUCCUCACAAGCCACAUCAACUUGGAUGCCCACCUCCUCUAGAAGACAAAAAUCACGCAGACAGGCCACAGUUUCAAUCAGGAGCUCCUCCAGUGUUGCCCCCUUCAAGAUGUCAUCACCCCCAUUUUGGCACCAAUGGCACCCAUACACCCCCUCAUAAUCAUAGUUCCAGUGAGCACCAUCCCCAUGGACACCAUCCUCAUGACCAUCAUCCCCAUGGACACCGUCCCCAUGGACACCAUCCCCAUGGAUACCAUCCCCAUGGACACAAUCCCCAUGGAUACCAUCCCCAUGGACACCAUCCCCAUGGAUACCAUCCCCAUGGACACCGUCCCCAUGGACACCAUCCCCAUGGAUACCAUCCCCAUGGACACCAUCCCCAUGGACACCAUCCCCAUGGAUACCAUCCCCAUGGACACCAUCCCCAUGGAUACCAUCCCCAUGGACACCAUCCCCAUGGCCAGGAUUUCCAUGACCAUGGACCCUGUGACCCACCACCCUAUAGCCAAAGUUCCCAAGAUCACCAUCGCUGGGGCCAUGGCCCACCACCAAGGCACUCAGAAGAAAGAGGUCCAGGUAAACGACACUUUCCCUUCAAAUGGAGACAAAUUGGAUAUGUUUACCGACUCCCUCCACUAAAGAAAGGUGAAGUUCUUCCUCUUCCCGAAGCCAAUUUUCCCAUCUUCUCAUUGCCAAAUCACAACAAUCCUCUAAAGCGAGAAAUUCAGCCCUUCCCUCUAUCAGUGUCUGAAUCAUGUCCAGGGACGUUCAAGAGUGAGUUUUCACAAGUCUUGACGUUUUUUGCAUAUACAUUUCCAAAGAAAAUCUGAGUUCCUUGACAAAUGAAUAAUGUUCUGAAUUAGAACCAUAAAUAAAAUGUAACCAGUAACAAAAUCAAAAUUACAACCAUCUUCACUUUACUUUCAUAUUUAGGAUAGGACAAACUGUGCGUGGGGGAGAAGACGGCAUGAGAAGAGCCAAAUGGAGAAAGGAAAGAUCUUAGUCCCAUAAGUCAGAAGUUCAUUCCCCACUGGCCAAUGUCCCACUUGAGGCAAAUCUCUGAUCCUCAGAAUUUCUUUAUUUCCUGACUUAACUCCUUUAAUUCUAGCAUCUUUCCUCUAUUAGUACUUAUGCUGUAGCUGGGCGUACCAAGAAGCUAUGUAUUAUUAUGUAAAGGAUUAUUGUUAUAAAAAGUGAUCCAAA